AGUACUGAGUUGUGGUAAUCGUUGAUUAUUUAUGAACUGUGACCACGAGAUACCAAUACCUGAUCAUGGUGAGGAAAUCAUGCGACAAGUUUAAACAGGAGAAAUAUAAACUUCUUGUAACUAGUAACAUGUCGGCUAGUGUCGAGGAGAUUAAAACGUGUAUGACACUCAUGAAUCUGCACCCCCUCUGACAAAUCUUUUUCUAACAACUCAAGUAUGUACAGUUAAGAGAGGAUUAUGUGACAAAUUCUGUCAAACUUGACAAUCAAAGUAUAGGAAAUCAUUAAUCCCAGCUUAUUAACAAACGCAUUUGGAUAAGGCGACUCCUACCUACAAAGCACUGUAAAACAGUUUUGUUGUGUUUGAUGACUGUUAAAUGUUUGAGUGUGACAGCAAAACUGGAAAACAUGAACUGUCUGGCGAUCUCUUUCACUUGUUACCCAACUCUGCAUACCUGUCGCACGACAGAAGUUUAUACCUGGUUGAAGCUGGGAUAGAAAACUCAACAUUUCAUAUGGAAUCUGAGAUUCAUCUGAUACCAUCGGCAAACUUACGGGAGAUCUUCAGUGUGGAUUGGGACUAAGUGUAUGCGUAUUUAUUCAAUAAGGAUCUUGAUAUGUGAUACACAGAUAUUGACUGGACAUGAAGGAGAUGAGAUUGGCAGUUAUGCUUGGCUGAUAGUCGCACCUACUGUUCAGUUUAGACAGUAAUGGCUGAGGUGUACAAGGCUAAAGACAUUUGACACUGGUGCAGCUAUCAAAGAUGAACUUUUCAAGAAAACAAAGUGUUGAAUGCUAAUUAUCAAGAUUGUCGACUUCUCGGGUGCUUGUGGGUUCCUGUGACAAAUGACCAUCAGUGAAGAUCAAAUACAUGGGUGGUUGAUUUGAAACCCUUUUUGGAAAUUUAUCCCACGUUUACUGGUGAAGUUGAUAGAACUAUCAACAUGAUCACGCAACAAAUUGGAAACUAUUUUAUCAUGGACUCGGAACAACUGGUGUCCAAUCCCUACCAGGAGAUGCAGAGUGAGGCCAUCGGGGACUAUGGCAAAAAGUCCUCACUUACAGAGAAGUUCACCAGCGUCAAGAACAACGUUUGUGAGAAUCACUUCAACAUGGCCAGGUCUCAGCUUGAGCGGGAGAAGGACGUUCGUCUGCGUCACCUACACGAGAACACAAGCCGGUUACGGUAUGAAGUGAAGCUGUUGGAUCUCAACAGACGGAAGAAUGAGAUUGAAAUGAGGAAGAGGAUAGAACCUUGUCGAGACUUUACUUACGAUGAUACUCAGCUAACGAAGACAGAGAGACGACUGGGGGCUAAUAUUGAAUCUCAUUACCUUGAUCGCAAAUUGAGAUACCCUGUGAGAGCAAAAGCUGUAAGUGAUAUCGCCAUUACACCAGCCGUGGCACGGGCUCGGAGUACUCUUAGACAACAGAAGAUGAGACCAGAUUCUGAGAGAGCUGUGACGGCCAAGAGCACCUGUUCUAGCAUGACUCAUGACUCAUCUCAUGUUCGCGAAGCACGGUCUCGAAAUAAAUGGCCAGCAUCCCGAUCUGCCCCUCUGACAUCAAGUAGCUACGGUUCUCGGGACAGAUCUCGUGAUAAUCAUUCUCGGUUCCCUACUAUACACCAUACUUUUGAAGAAAAUUCCUCCUCCCACGAUAAACAGAGAGGUUCGUCUCAGCAUGUAAAGUUUGCCUUUGAAAGUCCCCAUAAACUGAUACUUUCAAGUGAAACGGGGGAUUCAGUACAUCCUGGUGACCACAUGUACCGAUCAUACACCUACUACGGUGGGAUGACCAGAAGGCCAACUUUCUACAAUGACAGUUCAUCAGAAGAAGAAAACGAUGAUGACUUUGAUUCCAGUGAAAAGAUUGACCUCCGGGCCAUACUGUUCAGGAAAUCCCAAAACGGGGACACCAUGUCUGUAAAGUCUCGGCCACAUUCAGGACUAACAUCCACUUCCCAGAGCUUUGGUGUGAGGCGGUCUCAGGGAGCUCCACAGCAACUCACACAGGAGAAGCUCCAGAAGGAGACCAAGAUGAUCCAGAACAAGAUCAACACGUUUCUAAGACGGCUUGAAACUGAUCCUCCAAUCAGGAAGAAAGUCUUCUAUGACUCUGAAUCUGAAGAUGAGCUGAUUGAAACAGGCGACAACACAAUUCCAAUUGUUGUGAAAAAGAAGAAACCACCACCUCCACCACAAGCACCACCACCAAAGAAAGAAGAAGUGGUGAUAGAAAAGGAAGACUCUCCAGAUUCUGCAGAGAGAGAGUGUUCCGAGAUUCCUGAGAAGCGUAACAUAAAGGAUGCAUGGAAGUAUAUCCGUGGUCACAUGGCUGAUGAGACACUGCAAGGGACUUACACUGCUGCAGAUCUUGUUCUACAACAACUGACUGGGGUGCUAGUUGGUCACAGUAAGAAACCCACAGUGCCUCUCAACUGUGCAAGUCGAGCAAUGAGGCACACAGCUACGUUCAAAAUGAGAAAGGUCGUCGAGGGCCUGAUUGAGAGCCGAACCAAAUAUGAGCAGCAUGAAGUUGAUGAGCUGAAGAAGAAGAUGGAUGGGGAUGAGGAUGUUGGGGUGCCACCUGCAUCUGAAGCCUCAUAUACUGAUAUACCACAGCAGGUAGCAUGAGAUAUGCUAUGUUUACAAUACAGAUAUACCAUGGAUGUAGCGUGAGAUGCUAC